AUGUUGCACCUCAGACCGGAAAACCUGCUUGUGCAGAAAACACUCACGGAAGCCUGGAACGCGAGCAAGGCUGGCUCUCCGCUUACGCUUGACAGGGUGAUUUCCGACUUUGACUAUACCACACUGCACGUUUCGAACUCGCCAGACGACAAGUCAAUUCUGUGGCUGAGUAUCAGAACCAAGGCUUGGCAGAGCGUUGUGAAGUGUGGCGGGGAUUUUGCGGGCUACUUGAAGUCCAAAUACAACGGGUUCCACGCGGUAUCAGAGUGCUCGCCAGAACAGGGGUACGACUUUACAGUGCAGGUGAAGCUGGACGAACUGGAUGCGGACGCUAUCGUGCAGCUGUCGCUGAUGAAGAUCCACAUCAUGAGCUACCCCUUCCAGCUGGCAUUCGACGAGUUCGCACGCCUCUCGCAGCUUCCGGAAGGCUCCAACGCCAGCGACACGGUGCACCAGAUCCAGUACCGUGACGACGAAAACAUCUUCAUCAAGCCCUCCAGCGACCGUAUCACCGUAAUUUUCGAGACAUUCUUCCAAGACGAGACCGACAAAGUGUUUGGUAAGGUGUUCCUGCAGGAGUUUGUCGACGCCAGAAAGCGUAACCGGAACAUUCAGUCAGCGCCCCAGGUGCUCUUCUCGCACGAGCCUCCACUGGAAGCAGCGUCUCUCAUGGCGGCGCGUUCCGCUGACAAGAACAGGCGCUUUAUCACAUUCGUGUUGUUUCCACGCCACUUCCAGACCCCGGAGCUCCAGUUUUCGUCUGUCUGCCACCUUUCCCUUUUCAGAAACUACUUCCACUACCACAUCAAGUGCUCAAAGGCCUACAUGCAUUCUAGAAUGAGAUACAGAGUCGACACGUUCAUCAAGGUACUGAACAGAGCCAAGGUUGACGAUGAAGAAGAAGCUGGCGAACAGACCACAAGGAGGACCAUCACGGGCCGCAAGCUAGUAUACUAA